AUGCCUCCCCGCUCCUUGCAUGACGUCUGCGUCGCGAUGCGACAGCAACUCGAAGUCUUCCUUGCUGACGAACCCAGCUCCCCGCUGUUGCGUCGCGUGCAGGACCAAUUGCGUGUCUCCAUCCGUGUCGUCGACGAGGCAUUGACAAAGUACCGUCCCGAAGAGAUCGCUCUGUCAUAUAACGGCGGCAAGGACUGUCUUGUCCUCCUCAUCGUGAUCCUAGCAUGUCUCGCGCGCCAGCCGUCCCCAUUCUCCAAGAACCCCGCCACAACCAACAACAGUGAUAGCAAUAGUAAUCCAAAUGGCUCCGCCAACCCACCAGCCUUCCCCGAGACCUUCCAGUCGGUCUAUAUCGUUCCCCCGCAUCCGUUUGCUGAAGUCGACGAGUUUGUGGUUUCGUCCGCGGCAGAAUAUCAUCUAGAAGUGGUGAGGUACUCGCUACCAAUGAAAGAGGGACUGGAAUCAUACCUGGCCGACAGACCAAGCAUACGGGCUGUCUUUGUUGGAACACGCAGGACCGAUCCACACGGCGAGAAAUUGACCCAUUUCGACCCGACGGAUGCAGGAUGGCCGGACUUUAUGCGCGUACAUCCAGUGAUUGACUGGCAUUACGCCGAGAUCUGGGCCUUUAUCCGACAUUUGCAGAUUCCCUAUUGUCCUUUAUACGACCAAGGCUAUACCAGCCUCGGUGGAACCCGAGAUACUCACCCAAACCCGCGUCUGAAAAGUAAGGAGCAGAAUAGAGAUGGAUUCCGGCCAGCGUACGAGCUGAUGGAGGACGACGAAGAGCGGCUUGGUCGCGAUAGAUGA